AUGAGGAAUUCGUCUGUGUGUUUCUUCUGCAAACGCCGUAAAAUCAAGUGCGACAAGGGCAACCCGUGCGCUGCGUGCGUCAAAUACAACGAGUCUGUUUGCGAGUACGAAAACGUGCAAGACCCCAAGUCCAAUGGCGUGUCGCUCACCUCCUAUGGUGGGGCGGUGCUAGACUUGGAUGUGCGUGUGCCCGCGUCCACGAGCUCUUCGAGCUUGAAUGCGGCCCCGAAGAGAUCCAAUAAGCGUACUUCGGAGGUCCAGGACGAAUUGGAGGUCCUCAAACGGAAAAUCUCCAUGUUGGAAAAGUCCGUGUCCCUCACCCAUAACUUGGAUGAUGACCUGAGACUAGCUGCGCAGGACCAGCAUGCGUUGUGCCAGCAAUUCCCACAACAGCAACAGCAGCAGCAUCCGUCGCUUCUGCAUCUGUCUCAGCUGAAAACCUCCGUAAAUUCGUUUCCCUCGCCAAUGCACCCUAACCAAUCUCAGAACGUGAACCCGUACUGGCUGAAUAGCAUGCCUAGCAACCAUUCCGUGAGGAGUGGUCACUCGACAAGUUCCAUGUCUUCCAUCACUACUCCUAAUCAUGUUGAUCUGUCCCCAAUUUGGUCGAAAUCUGAAGAUCUGAUGGUAAAUCUGAUAGGUUCGAAUCCGUUCCCGCCGGGCGUGUCUACCUUUUCGUUCCAUAGUAAUUAUGCCCCAUUUAUAAGUACCGGCACAGCUACUGCUCGCUACCUUCCUCCGCUUUGUUGGGUUUCUCUUGUCAGACUCGACCCAGCAAUGUCUCCUAUUUUCUGGUACAAGAAAGGCACUAUCCACAACCGUAUCAAGUACGAAAAGCCAAUACAGGCGUCUGAUAAGGUCUUUCAAGAUAAAUUUGCACUGAUAAAUGUCGAAACCGGGAAGUACGACAACCCGACGCGGAGACAUUUUGCGUCUGAAAAACUUGAGAUGGUGACACGCUUCAAUGAAUCCGCCCUUUUGGUAGGCUUAACUGUCUUUGAGGGUGAAAUUGAUCCUAACAGCGACAUUGCUCAGAAAAUCCGCCUUUUACUUCCCACCCGGAAAGUGAUUUGGCUUUUGUUAGACAGGUUUUUCGCUCGAGUGUACCCUUUCUACCCAUUCUUGGACCAAAUUGAUUUUGAGCAACAAGUGCAAGAGAUUUUGGGCUCUAGGAACAAAGAUCACGUACCUGUCAAGUCUCUUAACAUAUCAAAGAAAAUGGAUGUCAUCACAUGCGGUCUUCUAUUGUUGGUUUUGAGGCUUUCGUAUCUCUCAGUUUUCUCUAAUGACUUGAAUGAGAAUGAGGCUCUCUUCAAAGGCCUCAAAAAAUCCGAAGAUUCUGAGGAAUGCACUUUCAUAAUGGAAAACCCUAUACACAUAGACGUGAUCGAUAUCGCUCAACAAUGUUUGCACUAUUUUGGAUACUUGAGAUAUUGCAACCUUCCUAUAUUGCAGCUCUCGAUAUUCAUCCAAUUGUAUCAGUGCUAUGCCCCCGAAAAUGGAGAGGGUUAUGAGGAUAUCACUGUAAAAGGGCACACGGCCAUGUUAAUGAAUAUGGCUAUGAGUCUUGGUUUACACCGUGAACCUGAUAAUUUCGCUCUCUCAUCGCGAGAUCCAAAAAUCAAUCACCUUUGUCGUAAAAUCUGGUGGUAUCUAUUAAUACUUGACUCUCAUGCAACAACCGCCAGCGGUGUUGCACUUUGUACGAGAAGAAAUCAAUUCGAUACAAAACCACCUUUUUACACAGAAGGCUGUGCCAAUAUAAAAGAUAUUCGAAUGGAGAAAACCAUCAUUGGAAUUUUAUCGGGAUUCGACGCGAGAUACGAUGAUAUUUGCAAGCUUUCCGAUUUCAUUUCAAAUGUGGCACAGCCAAUAUCCGUUUCUGAGCUCACCGCUUGCUUGAAUCGUCUAGAAACUCGUUAUUUGUCUGAGUUCGCCAAUGGCCUCACCUUUGAAGAAUUACGUGGCGAAGCACUUCUGAAUCAAUCCAUUUACCAGGAGGUAACUCGAAGUGUCAGAAUGAAAAUUCUUUUCCAGAGCCAUGUAUUCUUUAUAAGUAUUGCUUUCCAUUUCUUCUGCUCAUUCGAGAAAUCUGGAAAUAUAGACCACGCGUAUUUCCAUCUCAAAAAGCUUCUUUACACCACAUUGAAGAUGAUGAUGCCAUAUUACGAUUCCUACGUUGAUGAAAGUCUGAUAUUCUUCAAACACACUGGCGACAAUACAAUAACGCCAGCAUUUCAAGCACUUCUUCACAAAUCUAUGAUUUACGUUCAAGCAAUUUUAAUAAGAGCCCGUUUCUCAAUACUACAAUGUGAGACAUCCACAUCUCACACUGUUCAACUUCUUAAUAAUCCACACUACAAACGGCGGUAUGAGUUACUUAAGGAAACUUGGGAUCUCGCUGAGAAGUGCCUCAUGAUCAUGACAGCCAAUACCACAAAGUUGGGAAAUCGUUUCUAUUACAGUUGGCGCUGCGCCAAAGCACAAGUUGUAUUGAAAGAGAUUAGGCAAGGUACAGACUACUACUUGAACUACAGAAAAGGACAAGAGAUAUACAUGCUUUUGACAAAUCCAAUGCUUGAAGACUUGAAUCAGCUUCUAAGAAGCGCAUUGGAGAGAUGUAAUGGACAUCAAAAGAACGCAACUCAAGAGGACCUCAGUGCCUCGCUGCCACCUGUUUUUGAGGAUGAAUCUGGCAGACCUAUGUCAACAGCUCCUAUGUCCGAUAUGAACUGCCCAUUCCAUGAGAACAACCUUUGGCAACAAAUGAUUAAAGUGAAACCCAGACUUCAUAAAUCCCUGAAGUAUAGUUUAACUCCUCCAACAGUGGACUACAAUUUGGGCGUCGACCUCAACGACGUGCCUACAUAUCAAAACGAGACUUUCUUCCCAGAACAGCAGUUCACUGGUCUCAAUUUCUUCGACUCUUUAUUUGAUGAUAUCAGUAAGCCGGAUUUUUGA